CACUACACCUAGGAAUCAACAACACAAAAACUUUGUUAUAAAUACCCUUUUCCUUAUCGCUAUCGAGGCCAACAAGAAUGGUUGGGACAACAAACAUCCAUCUCGUUCGUACUUUGGGUACCCGUAUAACCAUCAAAGAUAGUUGAAGUGACUAAUUCCUGGAAAUAGGGGGCGUUGAGGACAAAGAAAUUGUUGGAGUUACCAUUUCCAUCUAGCACUAAUACGAUUGGUGUUAAGAAAAAAACUCUUGCGGGAAGGCUGGCUAGAAAUUUCUUGUAAAAAUACCAGCUCCUGUCAGUUCAUAAUGAGAAUAGUGAAAUUUUAAUUCCAUGGAUUAUUUCCUUUAGUACUAUGCACAGAAGGGAGGAGCCGUAUGAAAUGAAAAUCUCACGUACGGUUCUGGAACGGAGAUUCUUUGAAUAGAAUGAACGACCGUAACGGAUGUUGGCUUAAUAUGAAGGAAAUUAUGCGGAAGCUUUACAGAAUUAUUAUGAAGCUACGCGACCAGAAAUUGAUCCCUAUGAUCGAAGUUAUAUACUCUAUAACAUAGGCCUUAUACACACAAGCAACGGAGAGCAUACAAAGGCUUUGGAAUAUUAUUUCCGGGCACUAGAGCGAAACCCAUUCUUACCACAAGCUUUUAAUAAUAUGGCCGUGAUCUGU